AUCUCUCCAUCCACUUCGAUCUCCUCAUCUAAAAUCCUGUGAGGUACAUAGGGAGGAUUACCAAGAGCAGAUAGGUCGUACCGCGUCAAUGGAUGGUGCCACCGUACCCUUGCGCCGAAGGGUCGAGAAGCGCAUCAGCAAUGCUUGCCACCGCUGCAGGGCGUCCAAAGUUCGCUGCGAUGAUAAGCAGCGCGUCUGCGGACGCUGCAAGGCUAGGGACCUUGAGUGCAUCCGCGAUCUGGACUGGGAACCUAAUAAAGAACCAGCACAAGGGUUGACGUUCGAGAAGCGACUUAGUCGAGUUGAGACUCUGCUGCAUACUUCUACAAAGCCUCCGAUCAACCCAUCAGCCCCUACUGCAGCUUAUGCUACCAGCUCAUGUUCUUCGGCAGACAACAACUGUGUCGACCGGACCUUGUCGGAUAGUCUUAGUGUUCCUGACCAAUCCCCGCCACUUAUUCAAGCAGGUUCUAUACCCAGAAGUGCACCACUACAGACGGACCCGUUUAGUUCCCAGACUGAAGGCGCGUUACAACGACGACGGCGAACAAUGGACGAUAUUCCAGUGCUCAGACUCUCCGAGGACCGAGUAGCGCGGCUAAAAGAAGCCAUUUCCGAUGACCCUUCUUGGCAGCGUAUCUUCAUUCCCAUGUUCUCCAAGCCUGAAGUUCUUCUACUUGUAGAAGCUUACCUCGACGAGGUCAACCCCAUCGUAUCUCUAUUCGACCGCCAGUCAUUGCUCUCGCGGUGCGAGAACGAAUUCCCUGUGGACAGCGAUAUCUGGGAUCCCGCUUGGUGGGCCUGUCUGAAUGCUGUUGUCGGCAUUGCUAUCCAGAUGAAGACACUCAGCAGUGCCUUCGAAGUGGUCGGUCGCAUAUCAUGGAGCUUCUUCAAAAACGCAUUUGCUGUGUUUCCUCUAUUGAUGCAGACCACUCCCACGCUCAUGUCAGCUAAGGCCUUGAUGUCUAUGGCUAUGUUUUUGAGUGGCACAACUGAUAACAAGACGAUGAUACUCCUUCUAUCCUCGGCAGCUAAGCAGUCCAAGAUGCUGAGUGGUCCGGAUUCAUUCCAGGAGCCAGCACUGGUCGAGGACAAACAGCGGACCCUCUCAGUGGCGUAUUUACUCGAAGAGACAUGCAUUUCGAAUUGUGGUUUUCGUCUCGUCCCUUCAAACAGUAUCUCCGAAAUACACCUACAACAGACAACAGAACAACAAAGCACUGCAGGGGCAGACUAUGGGAUCUUUUUCGGGCAUAGAGUUGAACUGGCUGUCAUCGAAUCCAAGGCGCGGAAGCACCUGCAACAAACAAAGUCGCCCGAUGAGGUUCUCAAGAGCCGGAUUCUCACGCUUGGACAGCAACUGGAAGCUUGGAGGCAGAGACUGCCACCGAGCAUUCGACCACAGUAUAACCCCCCACCCGGGUCGGAACCUUCUGGCCUGGCGGCCGUCAUGUUGCAUUGUGCCUUCUACCGAUCGCUAGAUAUGGUUAACCGAGCGUAUCAUCUUUGCAAGCUCCAUCAACCCUCAGCGUCAUCUCAGAGUCUAGCGUCGCAGCUGGAGAGCCAUGGGCCACUCGACGUUUCGCGAGCAACAAUUCGACUAUACCGCCAUGUGGGAGACAUAGGCUAUACUGACCUAUGGCGCCUGUUGCCAUUUCUGUUGUGCUCUGCUAUCACAAUUUACGUUCACAUCAUCCAGCAUCCACACAAAGGGAGUGCAACCAGCGAUCUGGCCCUCAUUAGAUCUUUGCUUCAUUUCAUACAAACAGUGAAAAAGGAGGGAUGUGACCUGGAUCGGCUAUUAGCAGUCGUUGUGGAACUGGAUCGCUCUGCCUCAGUCACUGUCACUCCACACUACACUUCUGGUGCAGCCUCCACGACCGACACGAGUAAUGAUGCCAAUAAAAUUCAUCAUUCUUGGCUGCUUGCAAAUCCCGACUACAUGCCACUUGUGCAAGGCCUAAUGGGAAACAUACCUACACUGAGAGCGCAGGCAUCAAACGUCCUUUCAAGUAUGCUGGGCGGAUUGGCCAAGGAUCCGGAUGGUUUCAUAUCUGUCAAACCAGUGUCACUACAUCCUAGCACGUAUGGGUUCAGUAAUUAGAUACUUGAGAAUUAGUUAACGUUUCAUAAAACCAUGAAUACAUUAUAGUAGAUAGCAAUUUCAUCACUAGUCCUAG